AUGGGGGGAAGGCUGGUGUCCAUGCUCCGGUGGCCGCCGGACCUGGGCCUGCCGAGCCUGGCCGCGCUGCUCCCCUCGCCGCCCGCGCACCUCCGGGUCCAGGUCCAGGAGUGGUGGCAGUGGCAGCGGUCGCGCCCCGAGCAGCUCGGCGCGGCGGCGCGGCGGUGGCCCGAACUCGUGCGGGACGUGCCGCUCCUGGUGGACGCCGCGCUCUGGGGCGUCGUCACGGCCGUCGAGUCCGUCGCGCUCGUCUCCAUGAUGUGCUGCUUCUUCCUCUGCUGCGGCUGCACGCUCUGA